AUGGCCUCCGGCUCGGCAGAAGACCCUGCAUGGUUAGUGGACAUGAUCAUUCAGUUUGUCAGCUCUCCAUCAUGGAAUGAACCUAUCAACAGUUUCGUGGCGGAGAAGUGUGUGAUCUUCGACAACCUUGAUGACGAGAUGAAACACGAGUACAUGGAGUGCCACCAAGAGUUUAGUGGAUUGGUGGAGAGCCUUCUAGCAGCACACCUGCUGGAGGUGGACAUUGCGCCCGAGGACUUCGAACGACAGGUCAUGGAAAGUGGAUUGAAAGAUGAUGAGCGGAUGCAGGGGGUGGUCUCGCAGUUGAUGGCUGCAGAAGACUUCUUGACCUUCAGGGACAUGAUGCUAAAACAUCACAUGCAGAUGCAGCAGGCAGCCGAAGGCACCUAUCAUGGCCCAUCUGGCAUGACACCAGAGGAGGAGAAGUUGGCCAACGACGCUGCCAUUGCAGCAGCCAUCGCUGCAGACGCCUCCACCAUGGAGGAGCAAGCGUCUGCUGUGGCCCGCGGCGCCCACUCCGCCCCCAGCGCCGCGUCGGCGCCGCCGCCGCCGCCGGCCUCCGCCGAGGAGGAGCGGGCGUUCGGCGCCGCGGGCGGCGCGUACGGGCGCGCGGUGUAUGGAGGGCAGAAGAAGCCGGCCAGCAACGAGAAGGCUGCAGCGAUCCGGAAGAACUGGGUAGCCACGACGGGCACCAACUUCGCGCUGCGCUUGCCUCUGGCGAGUGACUACGACAUUGGUGAAGCUUGGCCACGUGCAAAGAUCAUUACCUUUGACGGUGCUUGCGACAGCACACAGCUGCACGGAUCGGUCGGAAGAGCCCAGCGCCUUCAGGCCAAGGCCAAGCUGGGCCUAGCUGGGCCGCUGCGCUACCCAGUGGGGAAGUGUGAGCCUCCGCCCACGGUCACCGUGUCCAGCGGCUCAUGGGGCUCGGGACGCGAGCUCAUUUGGAGCGGAAUUGCGGUCAAUCGAGUUGGGGCCACAGGGAGCGUCGCUGACCGCUUUCACGUUUGCUACUGUGACCGGCAUUAUGCUUGGGCCUUGGUGACAGCGUCCAAGGCCUCUACCUGUGUGGCUUGGGUGAAGGUCGGCCAGUUACGGGUCAGUGGCCCCCAAGGCGCUGGUUCCCUCAGGUUCGUGGCCAAUCCCGCACAGCCAAGCCAGAUUUCGGUGCAGGGCAUUGGCCUAGCUUGCUGGAUGCAAUGGCACGCGGCACGCGGAGGCCACAGAAGACAGGACCAGCAGCCGUCCCACGGCCGGCUUCGCAUUGUGAUCCGAAUCAUUCCGCAGAACGUGGGCUGCAUGGCCAUCAGCGAGUUCACGGCGGCCUUCGACUUCCGUUCCGGUGCUGCGAGCAGUGCGCUGGGGCGAAGGAGCCUCAGUCAUGACUGGUAUCGGAUCCGGAACUGGACCUUUUUUCUUUAUUCGGAUCUCCAGAUAGCUACGGCAGCCAUCCAGCAGGGGAAUGGCACCGAAGCCACCUGGGACAUCCUCAUCGGACCUGAGGGCACGUACAAUGCCGCGUGUGCUGGUGUGGUGGUACUGAAGGCACUUGCACACAGCAGGGCGUCUGAGUUGCUGCGGAAUGCUGCGGAGUUGCUGGGUAUGGCACGGACCAGGCCCAACGACUUCGCGGUGCAGCUCGGGACCUUGUCCGUGGCCACGCGGCGGGACUGCGAGGCCGCAGAGCCGUGUGAAACCGUCCGUGUGGCGCAGCGGUGGAUGGUUCUUGAAUGCCUGACGUGCACCUUGGCGAUUUCGGUGGCAGUCGAAUUCACCACCGAGAGGGAUGGAGAAUGGGAGUUCCGGAACUGGUUCUUCGUGCUGAUGCCAACGAAGAAUCUAGUUGCGUGGCUCGUUUUCGUGCUUCCAGGAGGAGCUGCGGCUGCUGGCCGUCAGAGCCGGCAUGAACUUUUGCGGCGUGAGAUCAGCAGCGAUGGUGAUGUUGCGCUGAUGCGGGGAUAUCCUCAGUCUUCCAGCUGCGAAGACAAGAUGUCAAAGUAUGAAUGCAAGGGUGCUCGAGGUUAUGAUCAGUCUUGCAUCUUCCACUGCGCCUAUUUGACGCCCGACGUGCCCACAGGUCGCUGGGUGGUGACACUUCUGGAGACGAAGGAGGAUGAGAACGACAUCUCGAUCAGUGACUGGGAUAUGCCUGCCAUACUCGUCGAGAAGCCAGUGACCGUUCGAGUGAAGAGGUUUCCAUCCAAAGCGGAGCUUCAAGACUAUGCGCGUGGUUGGACUGCAGAGCACCGGCGCGGUUUGAGUGUGCUCUUCCGCGCCUUAUGGCAAGACCGCUGGGCGCACGCCUUAUUCGAUGGCUUGUAUCCAGCUUACGUGUCACUCUCCAGGUUUGGCCUUGCUGACCAUGCCUUUAUGCCAGUGGUUUUGCUGUCCAACUAUACAGAGGAUGUGGACUGCAGGAUGUUGGAGUCGCAAUUGUUGGGCCUCUCAGGGCAGGGCAUUUUCACCGGAAGUGCCUGUCAAAUGGAAGAGGCCAUCCGGCUCUUUGCUGGCAAAGGAGCCCAGGACUCGGAGCUCUUUCGCAUCAACGGCCUUUGGGAGGAGCUGCAAGGAUCCGCGCUCUUGUUCGAUCAUUUGCUCAGUGGCAGUGCCCAUCUAGGCGAAUAUGCCUCCGUCUUGGCCCUGCCAGGCAUCCAGGAGUCGGACGACACCUUGGGCCGCUUCGGCGAUCGCCUCUACGCCGCGCUCGUCGCACCGCGCGGAGCGCUCGCGGCGCGGGAAGUGGUCCGCCCGAUGCCGAGCAACAGGUCGACUGGCCGGUUGCAGGUGUUGAUUACGGCCAACAAGCGUAUGUUGCCGGAGGAACUGCUGGAGAUGUCCAAGUUGGCAGGUUUGCGCGGCUCCGGCGACUUGCUGAUGAAUAUCAGUUUUGUGGACUGGUCGAAGGUGCAGCCCUUCAAGACUCAACUGGAGCUGUUGCGAAGAACGGAUGUGCUGGUCUCGGGGAUCGGCACCGCGCUCUUCUACUCGGCCUUCUUGCCACCGAACUCUGUUUGCAUCAAUACCGGCUGGCGGGAUCCUGCGCAGAUUCCCACAUAUGGGGAGGACGUCCUAGGCAUGUCCAACCGCCGCUCGCGGUUCUUAUACCUCCCCCUGGAGAAAGUGAGACGGGGCGUUACUCCCCAUGACGUUGAAGAGGAGAUUCUUCACGCCGCGCGCUUGAUCGCCCAAGGCCUCGCGAAGCCCAGUGGUCCCGAAGAGAACUGGUCGAUCUUCGGGCGCAUCAUGGGGGAGUUGCAGCGCCGCAGCGGCCCGUCCCUGCGGGGCCUCGAGGGACGAGAGCAAGACGACGGCGGCUUCCUGUGUCACCAGAGGCCCACCGGACAGACCUCGUUGUCGGAUUUGGUUUUCGAGCGAAGAUUAGAUGCGAAGAACUUGCUCUUUCAGCCUGGCUACACCACGCUGACUGACGCCUGCCAACUGGAUGUCGCCUUGCUCCGUCAGAUCAAGCGCAAGUACAACCUCACAGAAGCCUUGGGCCUUCCACCUAUGGAGUGUGAGUGUGUGGCGUGCGAAGCAUGCGGUUUUGGCUGA